AUGUCUAACGUGAGUUCCCAUGCUAAUUUCGAACAAAACAAUACUUUCCUCGAUUUACUCACAGUCAUUGGAAAUGAAAUUCCUGAAGAGGCACUGUCCAAACUAAAGGUCUUACUUCGUGGCCAUGUUGACAAAGAUAUAUUAGAUUACAGUGUUGAAACUGGCGCGCAACUAUUGCUGAUUCUUCACAAAAGGGGAUUAGUAACAAAUAAACGACUUAGUUUCUUAAGAAAAUUCCUUAAAGAGGCAAAAUGUACAAACUCGCUAAGCUAUUUAGACAGUUAUGAAGAUAAAAAUAAAAUUUGGACUGGUAAGUAUGUGAUUGUUUGUAAAGUAAGCAUUUUAUAUACCAUUGCUUAAUUGUUUGGGAUACUUAAAAUCAUCUAUUACAUUCCAAUGUCACUAUAGUCUCAGAUGCCGUCAACUAGACAAUCAACUAUACACUUUAUCUGAUUAUGCACCCGGCACCGUCUACUAACUUAACGUGGAAAAAGUGCGCAAUUAUUUCAACAGUAAUCGGUUGUUUUACUAAGAAUUUAAAGUUAGAUGUUCAGUUAUAUACAUAGCCUGUUGACUUGUUCGCUAUAUCGAGCUUGUCGACUUGUUCACUAUAUCGAGCUUAUCAUGGUUUCUCUCUGUAUACCCGGCUCUACUGCUAAUUUCUGCGUUGUAAAAUGCGGCUAAACCUAGGCUCGACCCGCCCAGAAGUUGGUAAAAGUUUAAAGUUAAUUUCAUUGACAUUGCGGAUCAGUGAAAGCAAUGGAAUUAAAACUAGUCAAGUGGGUCACUGCAUGGCAAUAAUACAAAUACUGAUGAAACGCUUCAUUUUCUGAUUUUAGACGAAGGGCGUCUCCGAGCAUCUAUCUUUCACGAUAGCAGAAGUAAAAGAUUGGAUAGCUUAGCUAAACGUAUUGAAAACGAAAUACAUCUUUCUAAAGAUGACCAAGAAAAUAACAAGCAAGACAUCGUGAGUUUGCAAGAUGAAAUCCAAAGGAAAAAAGAAUCGAUUAUUGAAUAUGAAGAAUCUAUGCAGAAGUCGAAGUUAAGAAUAAUAUCAGAACAGUUACUCUUGCAAUCUGUUAGAAAGAAGUUAGAGGAUUUGAAGUAUGUAAUCCGGAAACUUUACCGAGAAGAGGAAAGUCUAACUGAAAAACUUAACAGCACGAUAAAGCCAAAACGAACCAUUCGAGAUGAACUAGCAUCCAAACGUGUGGAAAUUAAAGGAAAGGAACUGUUAGAAAGUGAACUAUCACGAAAGGAUGAGCGCAUUACCGAACAGAUUCGCCUCUUGCACACGGAUGUUAGGAAUCAAACAAUUAAAAUGAUUGAAAUUGAAAAGACAAUACAAGAGGAUACGCUUAAAUUAAGGAAUUUGAAGAAAAAUCUGUUCAAGGAGAUAACAUCGUCAGAAGAACUGAAAGAGACACUGACAGAACUGAAACAAAAUUCAGAUCAUGAUAAGACCAAGACCUCUCGUCCAUAUUGCCGGAAUCAAGGCAGCAGAUUAACAUUUACUUCACCAGUCACUGGAUAUUUGGUUAACACCCCCUCAAAUACAUCAGUAGCAAAGGUAAACAAUUUUUUAGAAACACGCAUGCGAUCUCCAUUUUAAGUAAUGGUUUGGGUAAUAUGUGACUUAUGAAGAUAUAGGCUAACAAACCAUGCAAUGUCUCUUUUCUCGCGUAUCUGAUAAGCUUUUGGUAAAGGAAAGUUAGGUAAUUAAUCACGUACAAAAGAGCUAGACCGUACUGAUGAGAUUUUAAGGCUAUCGUCAAAGGAUAUGCCUACUGGCUACUUCCCAAGAUAUUUGGGAAAUAGACAUUCCAAAAAUCCCCUGGUUAAUAUGCAUGUAGACGCGGUAGAAAGGUGUAACAAACUGUUGAAUGUUUUAACAUAAUUUCACAGAGUCUAAGUUAUUACUUAAUUUUUGCCAAAAUCCUUUGCAAACCUAAUUCGGUUCUGUUGGCAAACGAAAAUACACAAAAACAGUAAAUAUUACGGGCAUGCAUGCAAACUGCCACAAACAUAUAGUCGGAAUUGAAAAGGUGCAUCGGACCAUGUGAUGCAUGAGAAGACCGAGAAGUGAAUGAGUCGUACUUGAAUUGCUCCCGUUUCGCACACAUUUUGCUUUAUUUACUCGGCUAGAUUUAGUUAUCCCCAUCAAGAAGUAUCAUAGCCAAGGGGGGGGCGAUGGAGGGGGGGGGGGGACCGGCCCCAAUCGCCAUAAAAACAUUCUCAAAAAGGUAUAUUAUCAUAGCAUAAAUAUUUCUUCUCAGACUUAUUCUGUAUCGUAUAAAAAAGCAACGCGGCAAUUUUGAGAAUGCGGAAAUGGUGUCUGAUAUAACCUAGAAUGUUUUGAUUGCAAUAUUUCUGAUCAAAAUCACAUUGGGAUUUUCUCCCCCCCCCAGCAUCACAGAGGGGAAACAAGGUGACACCGACUGUCAUGAAUUAAAUAGAAAAUCUAACUGCAGUAAAUAUCACAUGCUAUAGGAUAGCUCAUACAGACAUACACGCCUAUUAGUUACUGUUUGGUAUAGCUACUUUGAAAUUUCAGCCAUUACCAUGCACUCAGUGAUGACCGCUACAAUGAGUGAAACGUUCACUGAUUUGAGCAUCGCUCUGCUGUAAAAACUCUUUUUCUUAUAUUUAACUUCAUGAAAUGCUAUAUAUUCUUUGCUUAUAGACGAUUGACUAUGAUGGUUUGGUGGAACAUUCAGAACCAUUUGUGAUUGGACGUUACGGGACCCGCGAAAAUCCUCCACAAUUUAUGCAUCCCUGUAGUAUAGCAGUCGAUGUUAACGACGACAUUUACGUCGCGGACUCGAAGAACGCACGUGUUCAAAUCUUGUCUCUGAACGGUGAUCCUAUUCGAAAACCUAUUGAUCUUGGUAAAAACUUUCAGCCAUCUUCAAUUACAGUUAACUCAGAUCAACAUGUAUUCGUUAGUGAUUCUCACGUGGUGCGUGCCUAUUCUUCCAAUGGUAGGUUCAAUAUAUCAAUCUCACAUAUGCAUCUUUUCUUGUAUAUAUAGCACGUGUACAUUCCCAUGAUGUUAGUUGAAACCACAUUAUUUACUGUGGAAAGGUUUCUGUUAGGUUCAAACAAAAUUACCACAAAAGAUACCAUAAAGUUCAACGUGCAUGGAAUUUGUUUGCCUCUUUUACGCAUAUAAUGAAAGCAUGUCGGCCAAUCUCGUUUUAUGGGCAGAAUAAAGACUAUUGCAUGCUCGUUUUGAUUCAUGCUCUAUACGGAAAAGAACGAAAUAUUCCCUCCAGCCACUUCCAACUCGAAACUUACCAAUGUUUUUAGUUAUAUUUCUUCCAUUAUUUACAGGAGAAUUACUACGCUAUAUUCUGCCAAUUUACGCAAAAUUCGACGUCCGCCCGCAGAUAACAGGAUUGGUAACGACAAAUCAUGGUACGAUUCUUCUUAUUGAUAGAGCGAACAGACAGAUCCAGGAAUUCCGACAAGAUGGAACAUUCAAACGCUUCAUUGGAGGAAACCACGUGCUUAAAUCACCAUUUGGUGUUGGUGUUGCAAAGAAUGGUGAUAUCAUAGUCAGCGAUGCAUGUCAGAUUAAGAUCUUUGAUGGACGCACUGAAACAGUGAAGAACACCAUUGGAAUAAGAGGAAUUGGAAAAGGAAAAUUAUUAAAUCCUCGCGGACUCACUGUUGACAUUGACAACAAUGCCGUUGUUGCAGAUUGUGAAAGUCAUAAAAUUCAUGUUUUGAGUCUACAAGAUGGAGAAAAUAAUUCGUUUGGUAGUCUUGGAACAGAUGCAGGUUUCUUUGACACACCUUGUGAUGUGGCUGUGACCAGUGAUGGAAGAAAAAUUGUUGUAGUUGAAGCAAGAAAUCAUCGUUUACAGGUUUUUACACGGCGCCAACCGGAGUUUGAUUACGAAAGAUAUAUAUCGAAAGUUAAAGAGGAAAUCUAUAAUCUUGAUGUAACAUACUAAUUUAGAUAUUUGAAAUUCGUCCUAAAUUGACAAUCUAAUUCCCAAGCAAUGAGCAUAUUACGAUCUGAAUAUAAAAUAAAUUUAUCUAAAAUGUGAACUCUAUGUG